UCUGGUCAUCCCCUGUACUGUGUCCGCAGUCUCUGGUCAUCCCCUGUACUGUGUCCGCAGUGUCUGGUCAUCCCCUGUACUGUGUCCGCAGUGUCUGGUCAUCCCCUGUACUGUGUCCGCAGUGUCUGGUCAUCCCCUGUACUGUGUCCGCAGUUCUCUGGUCAUCUCCUGUACUGUGUCCGCAGUCUCUGGUCAUCUCCUGUACUGUGUCCGCAGUCUCUGGUCAUCUCCUGUACUGUGUCCGCAGUCUCUGGUCAUCUCCUGUACUGUGUCCGCAGUCUCUGGUCAUCUCCUGUACUGUGUCCGCAGUCUCUGGUCAUCUCCUGUACUGUGUCCACAUUUGUUCAUAGUUUUUUUUUUUUUUUU